UAUUGUAUAUGACUAUAUUCUACAAUUAGCUUGUCAGCAAUUUUCAAUAGACUGCAACUUUCCAUACGUUUUGGUCAAAUUCGCUGCAAGUAUUUGGAUUGGCUUCGCUUAUCUAUCUAUUUGAUAAUUCAUUGACGCAAAAUAAAUAAAUAAAUCUUCAAAAUGUUUUCUAAACUUUCCCGUCUUUAUGUUUUGCGUGGCGUGCAACAAUUUAACUUUGCCGGUUAUUAUUUCGUUCAACGUUUCAAAGGAGAAUGUUCAGGCGACUCAAAGGGUGGAGCCAAGGGCGGAGGCAAGGGUGGAGCUAAGGGUUCCAAGGAGUUUCGCAUUGAAACUGAUACCUUCGGUGAGUUAAAGGUACCAGCUGAUAAGUAUUAUGGAGCUCAAACAAUGCGUUCUAAGUUAAAUUUUCCAAUUGGUGGUGAACGAGAACGUAUGCCGAAACCCGUAAUCCAAGCUAUGGGUAUUUUAAAGAAGGCCGCUGCAGAAGUUAAUAAAGAAUUCGGGUUGGAUGCAAAAAUUAGUGAGAAUAUUUCAAAGGCAUGUGAUGAAGUUAUCUCAGGUCAGCUCUAUGAAGAUCAUUUUCCUUUGGUUAUCUGGCAAACCGGUUCUGGUACUCAAACCAACAUGAAUUGCAAUGAGGUUAUUAGUAACCGCGCAAUUGAAAUGAUGGGCGGUCAACUUGGUUCGAAAACUCCUGUACAUCCUAAUGAUCAUGUCAACAAAUCUCAAAGUUCGAAUGAUACUUUUCCAACUGCCAUUCAUGUUUCUGUAGCUGUAGAAUUGUGUAAAAAUCUUAAGCCUGCCCUUCAAUGUUUGCAUGAUGCUUUAAAGGCAAAAUCUGAAGAAUUUAAAGAUAUUAUCAAAAUUGGUCGUACCCACACCAUGGAUGCUGUUCCAUUGACAUUGGGACAAGAGUUUAGUGGUUAUACUCAACAAAUGUCCUAUGCAAUUGAUCGUGUUAAUUCUGUUAUGCCACGCUGUUUAGAGCUUGCUAUCGGCGGUACUGCUGUUGGUACUGGAUUGAAUACACGCAUUGGUUUUGCUGAAAAAUGUUGUAAACGUAUUUCCGAGCUGACUGACCUGCCAUUUGUUAGUGCCCCAAAUCUGUUUGAAGGCUUGGCUUCACGUGAUGCAAUGGUAGAAGUCAGCGGUGCUCUUAACACAAUCGCUGUGAGCCUUAUGAAAAUUGGCAAUGAUAUACGCUUCCUAGGUUCUGGUCCACGUUGUGGUUUAGGAGAACUAAUGUUACCUGAAAAUGAACCUGGUAGUUCAAUUAUGCCUGGUAAAGUCAACCCUACACAAUGUGAAUCAAUUACUAUGUUGGCUGCACAAGUUAUGGGCAAUCAUGUUGCUGUAACUAUUGGAGGUUCAAAUGGUCACUUUGAACUUAACGUGUUCAAACCAUUAGUGGUGUCAAAUGUUUUACGUUCUAUACGCUUGUUAUCUGAUGGGUGCCGUACAUUCACCAAGAAUUGCGUUGCUGGUAUUAAACCGAAUAAGGAACGUAUUGCUAAAAUCAUGCAAGAAUCACUUAUGUUAGUUACUGCUCUGAAUCCUCAUAUUGGUUAUGAUAAAGCAGCUAAAAUUGCUAAAACUGCUCACAAGAAUGGUACAACGCUUAAGGAAGAGGCAAUUAAGUUGGGCUUCCUCAAUGAACAGCAAUUCGCUGAAUGGGUUAAUCCCAAAAAUAUGUUGGGACCGAAAUAAAUUUAGCUUGCUUUUAUUUUAUUUUAUAAUACGAUGAAAAUUUUUUUAUUUUUAAAAUUUUAUUUGUUAAAUAAAUAUGUUUCUUAAAUAUUUGGCAAAUC